AUGUUGAUAACAGGUGCGAGUGCCGGAAUAGGUUCUAUUUGUGCUCAGUAUUUCGCAAAAGAGGGUGCUUCGCUAGCAUUAGUCGGUCGCAAUGCUGAAAAAUUUGAAAAAGUCCUCGAAAAUAUAAAAAAAAGUGGCGUUAAAACGGAGCCAUUAGUGAUUUUAGCGGAUGUCAGUGUUGAUGCUGAGCGCAUUAUCGGCGAGACUAUCGAAAAAUACGGCCGUUUGGAUGUUUUGAACAAUAACGCUGCGAUUGGCAACCAUGCAACAAUCAAAACCUUACAAAUCGAAGAUUUUGAUAAAAUUUUCGCAGUCAAUGUGCGAGGUGUGGUCGAAUUAACCCAAUACGCAGUUCCACAUUUGAUUCGGAGCAGAGAAUCAACUGCAUCCGAUUGGUAG